UCCAUAUUAUAUAUACACACUUGGAAAAGCGUAUUUAAUUAUAUAUUCCUAUACACACGCAAGGAGCACAUGUACAGGUAUUUUAAUAAGCUCGUGUAUAAUUAGCCUCGAUUUAGCUGUUCCGAAGAGAGACAGAACGGAGAGAGACUGACGAGGGAGGAGGUACGAAACAGUAGAAGAAAAAAAAGAGGAAAGAGAAACGCGCCGGCGGAUUUCUCCCUCGUCUUCCGGUUUCCGGCCAGCGAGCAACGCGAAAUUUUUUUGCAAAACAGAAAAAGGAAAAAAGAAACUUGGGAAGAUUUUGGCUAUUUUUUUGAUGAAAAACGACGAGAGACAGGGACCCGCGGAGGAGCACCGUGAAAUAAUGUCGACGAUGAGCGUCGUGUCGAAUUCGUCGGUCGAGGUCGACUCGGACUCGUCGAACGACGUGUCGAGCAAAGACGACGCACCCGCCGAGCAGAAGUUCAUUCUGCGUAACGAGCUGUACAACAGCCUGCUGGCGAGCGCCCUCGGCAAAACGGUGCUCAACAGGCACCUGAACUUCAAGGAGCAGGGGAUUAAUUUUAAUCUGGCCAAUCUGAAGGAUAACCUGAACGCGCUUGGCGCCCUUAAGGAGCUGAAGGAUCUCAAGGGUUUGACGGUCAGCAGCGUACCGGCUUUCCCGAGGAACCUCGCUCUGCACAGGGAGGACCACGACGAGAAAGCCUCUUUCGCGUGGUCCGAGGGCGGCGAGGAGGGCGGCGGUGGCGGAGGAGGCGGCGGUGGAGGCGGCGGAGGCGGUGGUGGAGGUACGGCUGGCACCGGUACCGGAAGCACGGGCCCAACCGCCACCGGAGGCGGUGGAUUGGCCCAUUGGGUCAGCGUGAUGGCGGAACACAUCCACAAUCCACACUCAGCCACUGGGGUGGGCGGUGUCCAUCAUCAGCAACAGUCACCCCCGCAGCCACCCUAUCCGUGGAACAACGGCCUCUCCGGUGAUAAAUUAAUCGAGAACACUAUAUCGUGA